UGUAAACCCUAGAAAUGGUUGUGCGUGAAAAUCCCAGUAACUGAGCAGAUUGUGAAAUACUCAGACCGGCCCGUCUGGCACCAACAACCAUGCCACGCUCAAAAUUGCUUAAAUCACCUUUCUUUCCCAUUCUGACAUUCAGUUUGGAGUUCAGGAGAUUGUCUUGACCAGGACCACACCCCUAAAUGCAUUGAAGCAACUGCCAUGUGAUUGGUUGAUUAGAUAAUUGCAUUAAUGAGAAAUUGAACAGGUGUUCCUAAUAAUCCUUUAGGUGAGUGUAUAAUCCAACAGUUGUUUUCACUACAUUGAUCAUAAUUCAUUAGUUUUAAAAUACGAAACUUUUUAAUUUAAUAAUAAUUAUAAAAUACAUUGUGAUAAAUAUGGAGAAUGUCACUCUUCUGGAUUGAUUGACCUAACACUCAUCAGGUUAUAUUAUGUAUUGAUGUACAGGCUGAUUUUAAGUGUUGCUUUAUGUUUCUAGCCCAAUAACAGUAGGGUUACGUACACGUGUAAACUUCUAUCGGGAGGUUUUCAUAUAACAUUUAAGAUCCUUGUCCUUGUUCCUUUAAGUGACUGUGGUAAUAUAUUGUAUUGAAUCCAUAAGGCGUCUUUUCGCGUUUCAUUUGAACUUGUCGCACAUACUACAGUAUAAAACACUUUAAAAAACGUGUUGGACUAUUUUCCCCAAUUAAGAUGACAAGAUUGAGAUUUUAAAAGUUUAGUGCGCCCCCUACAGGUGCUUCGUACUCAAUGAAAACACCCAAUUAAAUAUGAAGUGGGAUAUAAUGCAAUGAUAAAGUACAGAUCAUAACUGUUGGAGAAUCCGCCGUUAACAGGCAACAACAUGAUGAUCAUGGAUAAACUAACAUAAGAACGUUAUAUUUUCACCUUACAUGUCAAUAUAAUGUCAUGAGAAAGUGAGUGAGUGUGUUAUUAUUCACGAGCUUUUGCUCACUCUGGGCUGUCGGAUCACGUGAUGCUGCUAGUGUUGCUUAGUUACUACAGACAGAAGUAAAAAGAAAGCUGUCCUUCUAACACAAUAUCACUAUACCUCUGCCUAAAAAACAACAGAAACCAUCACUGAAAUCCUAAUGGGUUUUAAUGGAAACUAUAGUGGCGUCUGUGUGGGUCACUACUGACAAUGCGUUGGGUCUGUCUGUGUGUCUUUUGGAAACGGUCAACAUCUCUUUCUGUCAUAAGAAUUUAGUCAAAAUAAACACAUGUGAUGAUCAACUGCAACUUAUCACCUCGUAUUGUUUUCAGGUUGGAAAAUGUUGUGUUGAUGCUUUCUGUGAAGCACAAAGACAGAGAUGACCGUGAACACACACAUGUUCGUUUGUUUACGUUUCAGUGACGUACAAGAAGACUGAGGAUAUGAAACAACACCUCUGCGCUGAUGGCUUCAUUUUAUUAUGAAACGUGUCGCGCGUCUUCAUACUUUAGACGUCUGUGUAAAUGUGUGCACUGUGAUUUAUCCACACUUAGGCCGCUGUGACUCAGUUGCUAUGGUAACCAUGAUGGAAAUAGACGUCUGUCUCUAUAGGAGCUGCGGUUUGGGGGUUCGAUCGUAGCGCAUCGCUGUCUGUCACCGACACGCCUGACCAAUCAUCGACGAGCACAUGCAGAUGCGUCUUAUAAGAACAAUUCACACCGAUAUUAGAAAACUGGUCCAUUGAUUCGCUGCUAAACACAACAGAAAAGCGUUCAGUAAUACCGUUGUUGAUACGCAAACCCAUAACGUCACGCACAUUGAUCCAGACCCCGAAUAAUAAUAAUGAUUGACGUUCAUCAACUUAUAUUGAGUGUCUGAUGGGAUCCCGUGACAAUAAUAAAUAGCCUCCAUUUGAACGUCGACGCAAGUGGCGAGGGUUUGAGGCGUCAGUAAAACAUUACAGAUGUGGCAUCGCGUUCUUGUCGCGUCACACGCGUGUGCGUGAUGGAUGCGGUGCGCGCGUGAGGGGGGCGGGAGCGCGUGGACCGCUCGAGCUCCUCUCUUUCGUUUCCUGACGUGAGUAAGACAAAAGAAGAAAAAAAACGGCAAGAGAGAAACGGGCUUCGUGUUUGUCGGAUACUGAGGCCCGGACGGUUCCGUGAGGCGGUUGUGCGCGGCGCGUGAGCCGCGGGUCGGUGCGGGCGGAGCGGCGGGCCGCGGGACUCGAGCCCGUGGAGAUCAGACGGGCCUGUCCGGUAAAAACAUCGUCAUAUUACCAGCCAUUCGUGUUGAUGUACCAUCUCAAAAAAAGAAACAAACAACAGUGAGAGGACACGACUGAACAAGCAACUGGAUGGCAUGACACUGACCACGGACCACCAACACUGAUGAUAAUGGAUAAGGGUUGGACCAGCAAAGAAACAAAAUAAGAAGAAAGGGAUCCUGCUGGAAUGAAGAGCUAAUAUGGAAACAUCAUAUGUUUGGAUAAAUCUGAGCGAUAUUUGAUAACAACGAUUUCAAAGAAAACAUGACUGGAGAGAGCAUCAAAUCCUCAUUACACAAGAAUCAUGAUCAUAAACUCUUGAUGUUUUUAUACUAUCUGCAGUUUCAGUGAAUAUAUGUGCCAAACGUUUUAUCAAUGAACUGUUAUAAUUCCACUGCAUGGCUGCUACAUACAUUUGCACAGUUACCAGAAGGCAAAGACUCAACUGAGUUGUGUUUUUGGUGAGGUAUUUUUUACUUUCUGGCUGGCAGAGACGUAUUGUGACAACACUAAACCAGUUUUCAUUUUACACAGCCCUUUGAAAAUCGUGCCAAGCCACGUAGUGUGACACCAUUUUUGUUAAUGAACGUGCUGCUGCUAUAUUUUUCAUUGACUCGUGUCAUUUAAUUCUCUAAUUCAAGCAGCAUAUCGGAUCUGCUGUUUUAUUUUCUAAAACUCACUUUGAAUUGGCAGACAUUUGCUGGUGUCUCCUGCUACAGAUGUGGCUACAGUUUCGCUUUUUGUAAUCUUUAGUGUAAAGUCAUGUUUAUAUGAUUUUUUUUACCAAUCUUUAGCUUCUGGAAAAGCUAAAACAAAACAUUCCAAUUUGCCAUUUGGAUUUUUUUGAAAAACGAAUUGCCAGUUAAAGCUCAUCCAAAACUCGGAAAAUGCAGAAUUUCCCCAACAGUCCAGUACCACUUCAUCCAGGAUUUAGCCGGGGAGGAAGUGUCGUCAGUUCUCCGUAUCAGUCACACACAUCAGACCUUCAGAUUUCCCCCAGAUCCUCGGAUGACUAUGCUGCCAUGCAGCAAGCUCAACCUAACCUGCUCAGUCACGGGCAGCACCUGCACCUGAGAAGCCAACAACAUCUUCUACAUGCUUCUCCUGUACAUGCUUAUGGAUCUAGGAGGGUGACUGGAGAGAUGACCCAGGGAAAUGCUCACAGUGGAAGCUCUUACCGUAAAGAGAGUAUGGACUAUUAUUUUUCAGUAAGUGGAAGGGAAAGAAGCCGCAGAGGAUAUGGUGCAGGAUUUAGGUACACAAACAUGGAUGGACAUGCACCUCAUCAGUAUCAACAUUUAUCUGGAUCGGGGUCGUCCUCUGGAAUGAUUUCUCCUUACCCAAUGGAUUAUGGCUCCAACACUGCGUCUGGAGUUGGGGCUGCUAGUAGUAGUAGUAGUAGUAGCGGCAGUGGUGGUGCUGGCUCAUUUUCUCCCUCCCAGCAAUAUGGUAUGACUCAUAACACUCCAGUACAAUCAGGUACUCCAAUGCAUCAACGCCAGCAUGGUCAGAAAUAUCCCUCCCAUCAAGGAUUACAACAUCAUCGGGCAUACUCUCUUUCUGGAAACCGAGUACCCUCCCAGUUUGGACACUAUGCCCCCAUUAAUGCAACCUCAGGCUCUACUGGAAUGUAUAACUCCUCACCACAAAGAUAUGACGUGAGCAGCAGCGGCAACAGCACGGAUGCCAAAAUUAAUAACUCACCCACUCGGUCCAAUCCAAGCGCAUCUGCUUUAAGCAGCUCUGAGAAUGUGGUUCAAAGCUACUCGUCGGCUACUCUCACGCCAUAUUCACCGCAGUCGCAGUCCCUUCACAAGCAUGCCCCUCACUCUCAGCAUGCCUCCCAGAGCACCAUAGCGGGUUACGACCCUUCCCUCAAAAUGCAGCAUCAUGCCCCUGCACACCCCAAAAUGUCCCAUUCCUCCAUCCCUUCCAGUCCUGCUCUGCCUCCACCCCUCACCCAAGACAUUGCUAAAUCUCCUAUGCACUCCCAAAAUCUACAGACUCAAAACUACAGCCCCAUAUCCAAUCCCUCCCCUGCUCCAUCUGCUGUACAGUCUCCAGGCUGCAGCUCUUCAUCCUCUCCACUAAUGGGCAGUUCAGAGGGAAACAGUACAGUUGCCCAGAUGCAGGCGUCAUCCCUGCCUUCUGUUUUAAAUGCUCAUAGCAGCCAAAGCCACGGACGGCUUUUGCAGGCUGUGCCUCAACUGAGCCCAACUCCUAACUCUAACAGCAGCGUCAGUAGUUGCGGUAGCAGUCUAGUUGGUUUUGGCCACAAUGCAGGGCUGGGGCAACCGGCCACAAAUCAGAACCGAGCGGCCCCAGGGCCUCAUAGGGGGGGUACAGGAGAAGACAGCUCGCUUUAUCAUGCUGACCCUGGUCUAAAUAGCCUCAAUGCUCUGACAUCUCAAGUGGAGAAUUUGCCAAACACAGUGCAACACAUGCUGCUAACAGACACCGUGCUCUCCCAGAAGAAGAGCAGAGAGCAGGGAUCUCAGUCAGUGCCUGCAAUCCAAAAUAAAUGUGCAAGUUCCAGUGUCAGUGGACAGACUGCAGCAAAUGAAGAAAGGUCUGAAACUAAGGGGGAUCAGCGUAAAAGAAUCAAACGCGCAAGUGGAACUAGCAAUGAAUCCGAGCCAGCCAGCUACCCAUCAUCGCAGACCCACAUGCUGUUAGAACGUAGUCAGCAUGGGCUAGAUCUGCAAGUUAAUUCUGGGGUUAUUUCAGCUGUUUCAAAACUGCCGGCUGCUGGGUCUCAAUCAAAGACACCAGAAAAUCCCUCCUCGUCCCCACCACCACCACUGUCAGUUCAUCCUUCUGCAGAACUCAGCACAAAACCUCCAUCUACUACUAAAUCUACACAUCAGAAAUGUGUGCCUGAAAGAAACAUCGGUCAUGCCGAUAAUGAUGGAAUGACAGGGCAGAAGAUGAUUAAAGAUGAAGAAAGUGAGGUUGAAAUGGGAGAUCCUCCCUGUCACAGAGAAAAAUUUGAGAAUAGUUUUACAAGUGCAAGGGAAGUACACUCUGUCUUUCCCUUACAGAAUGACGCUGAGACUGAUGCCCAGCAGUGUGACGAUCCAAAUAAACACAUAAAUAUUUCCGAACAACAUAACAUUGGAGGUGUUGGGGUCAUCGUUUCUACACGAUCUGAAAUGAACACUGAAUCCAGUAAGCAUUCAGCAGUCAAGUCUUCACGGUAUGCGGUUUCUCAAACGCGGCUCAAACACGGCUGUCCUGAAGAGCAAUAUGAUGUCAGCAUCCUUAGAGAGACAAGAAAUCACAAUGGAGACAGGGAGAUCUGCAUGGAAACAUAUGUUUCACCAUAUGAUAUGUCCCCUAAAGAAGAAAGUGGCCAGAACAUACCCUCAAAUAAUUCUCACGCACAUUUGUAUAAAUACAAUAAACCUGAGGUACUUUACAACGCCUGCAUGAGCACAAAGAAUAAGGGAAAGUCUGGACCAGCGAGUGAAGCGGGCACAAAUAGAUACCCCAGUCAUCAUCAGUUACAGGCCAGCUAUGGAUCUAUUGCCAGGAAGGACAUUAGUGUUUUUGCUGGGGAAGGUGGGAGAGGGGUUGUUUCGAAAGGUCUUGAAAGCAGUUCUUCGUUUCAGCCAUCGUUUCCCAGUCUUUUGCAAGAAGUCCUUCAAGGUCAUCACUUAGAUAGACGCUACGGACAUCGUGAUCAGACAUCUAGCGUUCGUAAUCGAUCUCAAGAUCAUCGUUAUCAAACUAGACUACCAUACAGUACGAUAGAAAAUUUGAGCUUGCAUGGAAUGGCUGCAACGAAUGUCCUGUUCAGUCAAAUAGCCACUGGAAAACCACCAAAUUUCAGUCAAAAUCAGGGACCGGAUAAAGAGCUGGCGAUAGGCCCACAUCAUCCCACUUGGGAUUCUGAAGCACAAAGACCCAACCUGACUCAUGAAAUGCCCUUAGAAAAAGGCAAAAGCAGUCUGUCACCCAGCCACAUGCAGCAGACAUCAGAUCUCCCAACAGGAGCCCCCCCAAAGCACAUUAAUUUAGCUGACUAUUCUUUGCAGCAUCGGAAAGCAUCCAAAUAUGGCACUUCUCCCUCCGCUGUGGAGCAACUGCUGUUACAAGAAACUGAGCCGUUAACAUGUGCAGUCGGUCAUAUUAGUCAGACAUCAUCUUCAGGAAGGCGCUCAGUUAUCUGUGACGUGUCCCCUUCACGACGAACGACACCAGAGAGAGACAGAGGAACCUCUGGCCCUUCAGUCAUUCAAAAAUCAUUUUCAUCUUCAUAUGACCAAGACUGCAGCAAGGAGGAUAUAAAGGUAAAGAAUGAGCAAAACAAUGAGGACGCACCAAAGAUUGAUCCUGCAGGUCAUAACGCUGAUGGAUUCUGCAGCACACCAGCCGUUAAGCAUCCUCACAAGUCCCUUCACCCCUUUGUAGAUGUCGGUUCUGACUCUGAAAGGAUCAGUCGUGUCAAAGGCACCUGUGAACCAGCCAGCAACCUAACACAUUUUACUCAAAUGUCCUCAAAUCUGAGGCACCAGUCAUAUUCCCAGGCUGUUGAGGCUUUCCGAACUUAUGUGUUUAAUGACACCAUGGAUGGGCCAAAAAUAAUCUCCCACUCUACUCCUCAUCGUCCAUUCCACACAGGUACAUCAUAUUCUAAAACCACACCCUCGCCUAACAAAUUACAAGCUUUUUCACCGAGUGUACCUCCUCAAGACCAAUCUGACUGGACUUCUGACAGAUACAGGCUGAAAGAUAUGGACAGGCAUGUUUCACAGAGACUAGCUGAACACAAGUCCCAGUCUCCAAGUGGAAUUCUGCCCAGUCAGCAUCACGUUUCAUCUCGACAGCACUCUUAUUCUGCUUCACACUUUGACAUGAAAAUGUGGGAUGUUUAUCCUGAACCCGCUGUAGUCCCUCGUGAGCAUGUUGGUUCUCCGCCAGUUGCAAAUACUGUUCCUAAACUAAGAGAAGGGGACAAGAUUUCAGACAAGAGUGCAGAAGAAUCAGCCAAAUCUUUCGACGUCAGCCUGGCUGGGCACACCAAUAAGGCCACCCAAGGGAGUCAGCAGGGCCAGAGACUCACCAAAAGCGGAGGAUCAGCUGAAACAAACCCCUUAAUCAUGAGAAGAAGAGUGAGGUCCUUUAUUUCUCCUAUUCCAGCUAAGAGGCAGCAUCAUGAUGGUCCAGUUCAGCGACCAGCAUCAUCUUAUCACUCGCCAUCGUCUCACUCUGACUCUAGACAUGUAAGCAACAACUCUUCUGGUAACACUGAUACUCAGCCAAAACUGGCUUCCCCAACGACACAGCAAUCCAAUGCUAACUCGCCUCCGCAGUGCAAAACAAAGAUUCUUCCCCCAAGAAAAGGUCGUGGUCUAAAACUGGAAGCCAUUGUGCAGAAAAUCACUCCCAGCGUAAAGAAAUCGACCUUCAAUAAUAGUCACAUAGAUUCUGAUUACUCAGACAUAUCUCUCUACGCCUCUGACGUACCUGAUCCUGAGGGUGGCGCUUCAUUUUCUAGUGUUGCUCAGGGAGACGAGGGCUGUUUAUCUUACCUCGAUGAUGCUCAUACGUUAAACGAUCUAAUGCCAUAUCGAGCAGUUGAAGGUGCCUACUCUUGUGAUUCGCAGUCUCUUAAACUGGUGGCAGCAACAUCAACAUCAACCUCAAGUGGUGCCCUCAGAGGUUUGCCAAAAGAUUUUGACUUUGGAUUAGGUGCUGCUGGAUCCUCUGGCUCUUUGGUCGGUGAAAACGACAAGGAUGACUUUACUUUGUUAGGACCCCUGCCACCUCCACCUCCAUUGCCUUGCCCUGUACAAGGAUCCCCUCCUCCAUCCUCAUCUGCAUUGUCUGACAUACAGCAGUUCACAAACACCUACCAACAGCUGGAAACCAGGCGCGGUGAGCAGUCGGCUGCUAACCUGCUCAGGCAAAAACUGCAAGAAACUGGCAUGAGCUUCGAUGAUUAUGCGGCUGGGGAUUACUAUGGCACCGCCGCUGGUCAUAGUCCUGGGCAUCACCACCUUUCCAAAGCUUCUCAGCACCAGAUGACCUCUCUCAAUUUGUCAAGCCCAGAGUCCAAAUCAUCAGAAAACAUUGUGCCUAAAGGUUACUUUCCAUCGGGUAAGAAAAAAGGACGCCCGGUAGGCAGUGUGAACAAGCAGAAACGGGCACAAGCUCCAGUCCAGAAUGCAGCAGCUAGCAUAGCCGCUACCCCUCUUGCCUCACCUUCGACUUCCCCUCAGUGUGAUCCAGCCUCAGACUUCGCAGGUGACGUGCCACAAACAUCAACACCACCUGACCAGGAACCCUGUCCAUCAGUGGAGCCUCCUGUUCAAAUGCAGAUGAUGAAGGUGGACACAGAGAAUGAAGAAACCCAGCCAGAGGAAGAUGUAAAGCCUGCUAGACCCAAACAGAAAAAGGUAAAAGAGGGCAAUGAAGCUGUUGAUUCCGGUGGCGGGCAGGGGAGGAGGAGGAGAGGAAUGUCUUCCAAAGAGGAGCUGCACGUUCAGGCUAGCAGCAGGGGAAACAUGGGCCUUUGUGGAAUAUUCUCAGAUGCCAGAAAUAACGUUUUCUCCCCUUACAUACAUGUAGAGCAAAAGAUUGCAGAGAUUGGAGCAGUUUGUACAAUAGUCAAUGGAGAGGAAGAGAAAUCCAAAAGUGGAGCCAAAGCAGGUCAUUUUGGGGUGGAUGCCCUGUUAAAUACAUCUGUGUCAUCUCAGCUGGUAAGAAGAGAAAAGGAGAAUGAAAGGAGCAAGGAAAGUUGGGUAUCUGAGCAGGUUGAUUCUGCUUUACAGUCAGGGAAGACACUUCCUUCGUCUGGAUUUGUUCUGCCAGGGCCUGUGUCAGCAGAGACCGGACACACUGGCCGUCUGUUAUGCUGCCUUUGUCAGAAGUGGGCCAAUUACAAAAAUCUCGGGGAUCUUUAUGGGCCAUUUUACCCUGCUGAGUAUGCCGCCAAGCUUCCUAAGAAUCCACCUCAAAUCCGUCAAACCUUGUCCUACCACGGGCCAGCCGCCACAGGACUCAAUGUGACCAUUUCAAGAGACUCCACUCCACAGGAUAGCCGUUUACAAGACACUCAAAACGUCAAGUCGUCUACAGACAGCGAUUGCACAGCAAGUCAAGCAACGAACCCGACAUCUCCGGCCACUACCUUUGGCACCGCCUCUCCUGAGGAAAUGCCUUUCCAGAACACUAAGACCAGCAGCUAUGCCUCAAAGGUUGCCACUCACAGCCAGGAUCAGCAGGCAGAUCAACUGGCAAGUUGUCUGGGUGCAUCAAAAGUGCAAGAAGCGGAUAGCGUAGUUGUACCAAAGCAGCUGCAGCUAGAAGAUUCACAGCAGAGGCCCCAGCACAGAAAACUCACGUCUCAUCCACGUUUCAAAAGAAGACACAAAUCCAGCGAAGAUUUACCAGGAAGAAUCCCUAUCAACAGCAAAGCGUCGCUGCCGUUCCAGCCUCCUCCGCCCAGCCUGGACUUCAUGGGUCCCAUGGCCCAGCUCGCCCAACUCCCGCUGGUGCCCCUAGAUCCUGAGGAGCUGUGGGUGCACGAGAGCUGCAUCGUCUGGACCAGCGGUGUGUAUCUAGUUAAUGGCAGAAUCUAUGGCCUUCAGGAGGCGCUGGAUGGUGCCAGAGACGCGAGCUGCUCUCAUUGCGACAUGGUUGGCUCAACACUUGGCUGCUACAGUAAAGGCUGCACGCAUCGGUACCACUACCUUUGUGCCAUCGAGGCAGAUUGCUCUCUAAACGAAGACAACUUUUCUCUGAGGUGUCCAAAGCACAAGAGCAAUAGAGUUGCUAAACCUGGAGCUGCAUAUCUGGAGCAGUCGGAGAGAGGGUGAACACACACCGAACAAUCGACACACACAUCAGACGUGACAGGAAGAUGCCUGUGUGCGCCUGCCUGUGUGACACCAUUGUGCUUACGGAUGGAGUUGCCAUGGAUACGUUUUGGAAUGUAAAAAAAUCAAAAACACUAGGAACUAUGAGAAAACUGGUACUGUAUGUCGCGGUUUUCCAUUGGAGAAAACGCAACAAUCGAAGCAGAAGAAACGCUAACUGCCUUCAGUUCACUUUCAAAUCCAUUGUUUGAGUCCAUUUUGACAUUUGUUUGUUCUUUCUAUUGGAGUUGAGAUGCGGUGUGUUGGACACAGACGACUGAAAUGAGGGACCAAGGUGGCCGCAGUGUAUUUCCGUGUGUUCUGUGUCGUAUUUUAAUCCUGAUUUCUUCGAUCGUUUUCGUCAGUAUUUUAUCCAUAGAUUCAGAGUAUUCUUCAUAUCAUUGAUCAGAACCUGAAGGAGGACCAGAAUGUCAACGCCGUUGUGACAUCAUUGAACAUUCUCGUGGAAUGUGGUGUUCCGGUUGCCACAGAGACAUUGUUGUCAUGGAGACCACACAUCUGUUGCCUUUGAAGGUGUGCCUGUGUGAGCGAGAGAGAGAGAGAGAGAGAGAGAGCGAGAGGGCGAGUGAAAGUUUGCUGUGUUUGCUUGUGUCUGUUCUUUUGAAAAGUGUUCUUAUCGUCACCUCCAAGACUUGUGCGCUGCAGAUGGACAUUACGUGACAUUAUGAGCUGCACCGUGACUCAGCUGGACUCCCGUCGUGACACUCUGUAAACUCUUGAGAUGCCAUUCCAUUUUGACAAACAUUCCUUCACCAUUUCAAGAAAAAAAGUCGGCAUGUGUGCAAAUCUCCAUCUUCAGAACAGUCGCUGUCAUUUUUUUAUUCUUUUAAAAAUAAAGCGCGAUGAAAAGAAUGACCAAUAUGAAAACAUUGUUGUACUAGAAAGCUGUUAAUAUGCUUCUGACCCAUGAAUACAGUAUUACCAUGCAUCCGAUUGUUUCUUUUUUCUUUUCUGUCUCUUUGUCUUCUCAUAUGAUCAGUGUUAUUUGACAGUUUCUGCAGGAUAUGGAAAACUCUUUAAAGUAAAUGUGCUACAUAAGUUUUC